GUCAGAGAGGAAUGUGUUCUGACUCCCAGUGUCCCAGAUAAGGGGAAAGGCAAGAGCGGAGAACGAGAACACAAAUAUGAUUCAUGAAUUCAUGUGAAUUUGUCAAGUGAAAUGGAGACUGUGGUCAUUGUGGCUAUUGGUGUCUUGGCCACUAUAUUCUUGGCCUCCUUUAUGGCGUUGGUUGUGGUUUGCAGGCAGAGAUACUGCAGAACAAAGAACCUGCUGACACAUUACAAUAACAAACCAACAGUGGAUUUAAUUGGAGCCAUGGAAACACAGUCAGAACCAUCCGAUCUGGAACUGGAUGAUGUGGUCAUCACAAACCCUCACAUAGAAGCCAUCUUGGAAGAUGAGGACUGGAUUGAGGAUGCCUCAGGCCUGGUGUCACACUGCAUAGCCAUUCUCAAGAUAUGCCAUACUCUAACAGAAAGGUUGGUUGCUAUGACCAUGGGAUCUGGUGCAAAGAUGAAAUCCCAAUCAAGCCUUAGUGACAUCAUUAUUGUUGCAAAAAGAAUCAGCCCAAGAGUUGAUGAUGUGGUGCGUUCCAUGUAUCCUCCACUUGACCCUAAACUGCUUGAUGCAAGAACCACUGCCCUUCUGCUCUCUGUCAGUCAUCUUGUACUAGUGACCAAAAAUGCCUGUCAUCUGACUGGUGGGAUGGACUGGAUUGACCAAUCGCUUUCUGCUGCAGAGGAGCAUGUGGCAGUGCUUAGAGAAGCUGCGUUAGCAACUGAACCUGAAAGGCCAAUGACGGGAGCCGACAAUUUUCUGCAGGAGCAAUCUGCCAUCUAACCAGUAGUUUAAAACAAAUCAAUGACUGGCUGGUU